AUGGCUCCAGUAGAAUUGAAGGAGUUGAAAAUUCAAUUGCAAGAACUUCUUGAGAAAUAUUUUAUUCGCCCAAGUGUUUCUCCCAGGGGAGCUACUAUUUUAUUUGUGAAAACGAAAGAUGGAACUAUUAGGAUUUGUAUUGAUUACCGGCAACUGAACAAGAAUAGUGAAGAUCAUGAAAAGCAUCUCCAAAUUGUUUUGCAAAUUUUGGAAGAGAAAAGGGUUUAUGCUAAGCUUUCCAAAUGUGAAUUUUGGCUUGGUGAAGUGGCUUUUCUAGGACAUGUUGUGUCAGCUGACGGUGUGAAGGUGGAUCCUAGUAAGAUUCAAGCUAUUGUUGAAUGGAAACCGACUAAAAGUCCAACUGAAGUAAGAAGUUUCUUGGGCUUAGCGGGAUACUAUAGAAGGUUUGUCAAAGGCUUUGCCAUUAUAGCCUCUCCUUUGACUAAACUCUUGAGGAAGGAUGUCAAGUUCGUAUGGGAUGACAAAUGCCAAAAGAGCUUUGAAAAGCUCCAAUCCUUAUUGACACAAGCUCCUAUAUUUUACGACCCAACCCCGUAG